AUGGCCGCAGCAAUAACUACUAAAAUGAAUGCUUUUGGAAUGGUUGACAAAGCUGACGAGAAUCGAAUGCGUGAAAUAAUACAAGAAUAUUUAAAUUUUUUGGAUGACAGCGGUGAAGAACGUGUCUAUAUUAAUAGAAUUGAAGAUAUGAUAAGAGACGAAACAUCACGCUUAAUUGUUGAUAUAAACGAUGUCAGACUUAAAAUGAAGGAAAGAGCUAAUUUACUUUUGAGUUCAUUUGUAGACGAAAUAAUAGCUUUUGAACAUGCACUUAAAGAAAUUGUUUCAAAACUCGAUCCGGAUUAUGCAAAAGAAAAAGAUUUUCGAAUUGGCUUUGAAGGGUCUUUUGCUGAUCGUCAUUUAAAUCCUCGAACUUUGAAAUCAAGUUUCUUGGGAAAUUUGGUUUGUUGUGAAGGAAUAGUGACCAGAUGUUCUUUGGUUCGCCCAAAAAUUGUUAAAAGUUCUCAUUUUUGUCCUGCAACAAAGAAAAUUAUGGAGAAAAAAUAUACAGAUUUUACUUCAUAUGAAGCUAUUCCAACUAGUAAUGCUUACCCUAAAGAAGAUGAAAAUAAAAACCCGUUGGAAACAGAAUUUGGAAAAUGUGUUUAUAAAGACCAUCAAAUAUUUUCUAUGCAGGAAUUACCAGAAUCUGCUCCGCCUGGAAGUCUUCCAAGAAAUAUUGAUAUUAUUGCCGAUGAGGACUUGGCAGAUCGUUGCAAGCCUGGUGAUCGUAUUCAAGUUAUUGGCCUAUUCCGUGUUUUGCCAAAUAAACAGGCGGGGAUGUCUACUGGAAAUUUUAGAUCUGUCUUAAUUGCAAACAAUGUCCAACUUAUGAGCAAAGAUUUAUUACUUAAUUUCGAACCUGAAGAUAUUAAACAAAUUCGUAAAAUGAGUCGACAUAAAGACAUUUUUGAAUUAUUGGCACGUUCAUUAGCUCCUUCAAUUUAUGGACACGACGAAGUUAAAAAAGCUGUUUUGUGCCUUUUACUUGGUGGAUGUGAAAAAAUUCUUGAGAAUGGAACAAGGCUUCGAGGGGAUAUAAAUAUUUUACUUAUUGGUGAUCCUUCUGUUGCUAAAAGUCAAAUUUUGAGAUAUGUAAUUCAUGCCGCUCCAAGAGUUGUUGCAACAACUGGAAGAGGUUCGUCAGGUGUUGGUUUAACAGCUGCUGUACUUCACGAUCCUGACACUGGUGAGAGAAAAUUGGAAGCUGGUGCAAUGGUGUUAGCUGAUAGAGGAAUUGUUUGUAUCGAUGAAUUUGAUAAGAUGACUGAUAUUGACAGAACAACAAUUCACGAAGUUAUGGAACAAGGAAGAAUUUCAAUUUCUAAGGCUGGAAUUCAAGCAAAAUUAAAUGCUAGGUGCUCAGUUUUGGCAGCAGCUAACCCUGUUUUUGGACGUUACAAUCUUUAUAAAAAUCCUAUGGAAAAUAUUGGAAUGCAAGAUUCUCUUCUUUCUAGAUUUGACUUGAUCUUUGUUAUGUUGGAUGAGCAUGAUGUUGAGCGUGACCGAAUGCUUGCUGAAAGCGUAUUAAAGCUACAUCGUUAUCGAGCACAAGGAGAGUCAGAUGGUGCUGUACAACCAAUGGGAACAACUUUAGAAAAUCGUACAACAUUCAAUACUGAUGGAUCCUCUGAAAAUUCAAAAGAAAUUUAUGAAAAAAAUCGUGAAUGGACUGCAAUGGAGGAAAGAGAAAAAAUUCUCAGCACUCAUUUUAUUCGUAAAUAUAUUUAUAUGGCAAAAGAAUUAAAACCAGUAUUGAGUGAAGAAGCAUCAACAUUUAUUUCUGAGCGUUAUACAGAAUUGCGUUCUGCAGAUAUGGGAAGGACUGACAUGGAAAGAACAAUGCCAGUAACUGCACGUCAAUUAGAAACAUUAAUUCGACUUUCAACGGCUAUAGCAAAAUCACGUUUGGCAAAAAUAAUUGAAUUAAAAGAUGCUAAAAAGGCUUAUGAAUUGCUAUAUUUUGCUUGUUUUAAGGAAAAAUCAAAAGAGCGUUUAGAAUAUGAAGAACAUAAACAAAAGAGACAACAAUCAAAUAUUCGAAAUAAUUCAAAAAGUCCAAAUGAAGUUGAAAUUGAUGAAGAAAUUGAAGGGAAUGAUGAGCAGGAAUCAACAACUACAAAAGAGACAAGUACUCGAGCAAGUCGAUAUGCCAAAAGAAAAUUAACAGUUUUUGAAGAAGAAGACGAAGAGGAAGAAGAUGAAGAAAAUAAUGAAGAUGGAAAUAAGACGACAACAGAGCAACAACCAACAAAACGUCCAAAAAUCCCAGCUGUUAUUUCUGUUGAUCGUUAUAAAAAAUUGAAAGGAUUUUUAAGAAAAGCUUUUGAUGAUUUAAAUAUUUCAGCAAAUGAAUUGGCAAAUUUGGAAGAAAUUGAAAAAUAUAUUCAAAAAUUGGCAGAAAAUCAACCAUUUACAAAAGAUGAAUUUAAAGCAGCUUAUGACCAAUUAUCUGGAGAAAAUAUUAUUUUUAUUGAUGAUGAACAAAUUAUGCUUAUUUAA